AUGAAAAAAAAGAUAGAAGCAAAGCAGUUACGAUUUAAAUGUGACCAUUCAGAUGAAAGAAAAAUGCGAAUUUUUGUUCAUAAUAACACAAAUAAAAAUAAAAAUCGAUUAUUGCUUUUCAUUUUUUUGCUUCUUUUUUUUUUACUAACCAAUUUAUCACAAUGCCAAAUAACAAAAAAAAAGGUUUCAGUGAGUGAAAUAAAUUUUGAUAGUGCUGUGGAGGAUGUUCAAUGGUGUGGAAAUAAUCACAUGACAGUUUUGGUCAAAACAGUAAAGGGCAGACUGUACAGAAGUUCAGAUGGCGGAAAAAUAUGGACUAACAUCACAAGCAGUCUAUCGGAAAAUCCAAAUAACAAAGGGGAGACAUCAAAUCAUACAAAUGAAGUGACAACAAUAGAUCUCAUUAUGGUAAACCCUGUGAAUAAAAACAUUGUAUUAAUUGUUGGAAAUCAAAAAAAUCAUUAUGUUUCAGAAGAUUCAGGAGAAACAUUUCGUUUAAUAAAUUAUAAAAACAAAAUAAAUUUCUGGCAGUUUCAUAGUAGCAAAACGCAUUGGGCAUUAGUUUCUUCAUGGACAUCUGCAUGUUAUUCUACGAAUGAUAAAAGUGGAGAAUGUAUGCAAACAUUAUCAGUAACAAAAGAUUUAGGUAGGACAUUUCAAUUAAUAGAUAUUUAUGUUGUUCAGUUUAAUUGGGGGGAUAAAGACACGCAUUCGGAAGACUCAAUUUAUUAUACGCGUCAUAAAAAUAGAAAUGGACAUCAACAGAGAUUCAGUGGAUGGUCAAAAGAUGUUGAUUUUGUAAGAACAGACAAUUUUGGAAAAAAUGUAGAUGUAUUAGUUAAACAAGGUAAUAAAUUUUUAAUAUCAAAUGGGUAUAUAUUUGUGGCAAGAUUGAAUGAUGUCAUUAAGCAAACUGUCAAUAUGAUGGUUUCAACAGAUGGAGGAAAAACUUUUAAUAAAGCCAACUUACCGGAAAAUAUACACGAAAAAUCAUACACGGUUUUAGAUACAUCAGAAGGUGCUAUAAUGUUACAUGUAAAUCAUGGGACAUCAUCAGAUAGAAUGAACACAGGAAAUGUUUACAUUUCGGAUUCUUCUGGAUUAAAUUACACGCUUUCUCUACCAAAUAAUAUUAGAACAUCAUCAGGGGAAUGUGAAUUUGAUAGAAUCCUAAGUUUAGACGGAGUUUAUAUAGCAAAUUUUUUGGACGAAAAUGAUGAUAUAAAAGAUGAAGAAUUAAAAUUUCAUAAUUUUAAAUCACAGUUAGAAGAAGAUAUUAGUCCGUUUCAAACCAAUACAGAGAAAAGAAAAAAACAGUCAGCUAAAGGAAAAAAUGAGGAUCUUGUUAGAACAGUAAUAUCUUUUAAUAAAGGUGGACAUUGGUCAUAUUUAAAAGCACCAAAAGUAGAUAGUAGAGGAAAUAAAUAUGAUUGUGGAGAUAGUUGCUAUUUACAUUUGCAUGGAAUUACAAAUUAUCAUCAAUAUGCACCUUUCUAUUCGAUAGAAAAUGCUGUUGGUAUAAUUAUGGGAACAGGCAAUGUUGGUAGUCAUUUAAGAUAUGAAAGUGAUGAGGUCAAUACAUUUUUAUCAAGAGAUGGUGGAGUAACAUGGAUGGAAGCUCAUAAAGGACCUUAUAUUUAUGAAUAUGGAGACCAUGGUGGAUUAAUAGUUAUGGCUGAUGAUUUACGUAAAACUAAUCAAAUAGUUUUUAGUUGGAACGAAGGGCAAAGUUGGUUUGAUUUUGAAUUGGGACAAUUUUCAAUUGAUGUUGAUAAUAUUGUUGCAGAACCUAAUUCUUCUUCUGUUGAAUUUUUAGUAUAUGGCACAAGAAAUGAUGUCGGAGUGUUAUAUCAUUUAGAUUUUAAUGCACUCGGACAACCAUUAUGUAAAGGAUUAUGGGCAGCUGAUUCAGUUUCAUCAGACUACGAAACUUGGUCACCUACAAGUGGAUCCUUUUCCAACAAAUGUAUACUAGGAAGAAAAAUUACAUACACAAGAAGGAAGCAAACGUCUGAAUGUUUCAAUGGAAAAGACUUAAAAAGAAAUGUUGAUAAGAAGUCUUGUGAAUGCACUCCAGAAGAUUACGAAUGUGAAACUGGUUUCACGAGAAAAGUUGGAAGUUAUGAAUGUAAACCAAAUGAUCCGACUUUAACUAUUGAAGGUUGUACAAGCAGUUCUUAUUUUUAUGCAAAUGCAUAUAGGAAGGUGCCAGGGGAUAUAUGUGUUAAUGGUUGGGUCCCGGAGAAGGUACCCGUUCCAUGUCCUUCACAUUCACCUUUUAAUAGGACGGCAAAGUCCAUCCUAUUCAUACUAUUUAUUUUGGGUAUUAUUAUGCUCAUAGUAACGUACCUGUGCCGAAAUCCCAAAUUUAAACACUUGUUUUACAACUAUGGUUUCGACACAUUUGAACAUGUGAAAUAUUCUGUCAUUAAAACGAAAAGAGGAAAUGUAAGUACAAACGUGUUUGAGCCGGAAAUGGAAUUCAUAGAUGCAGAACAGGAUGAUAAUGAAGAAGAUGUUCCUACCCUUUUGUCAUAUUCCAACGAUAGGAAUAGAACAAGAAAUAAUGAUUUCAAACUAACAAGAAAUAGAUCCAAUCAAAAUAAUUAUUUAACAUCGAGAAAUGUUUCCCCACCUAAAAAUUACCCAGAUAAUAUUGAGCUAUUAUAA